AUGCAAUUCAAAGCCCUUCUUGCUGCCGCCAUCUUCCCAGCCAUGGCCUUCGCCGCCGCCCCGACAACGACCAUCAGCCGCGCCCCACUGAAAAACGACGACGGCACCUGCAACUUCUACUUCAACAACGUCCUGGAAUGCACGGGAGACACCAGCGUCGUCGGUAUGGGCAAAUACAACCCGGACACGGAGCAGUGCGAAAUGUCGAACGACAAAUACAAGACUUUCCAGGCGGAUGCUCCGUGGUUCUGCAGUGACAGCAAUCUCGCGUUUUACUACUCAGACGAUGACAAGGGUGGCAUGGACUUCAACACUGGUGGUUUGAGCUUCAACAACGGCCAAGGAGACUGGUGGGUCCCGAACUUUGGCUUCAAGCCUACGAGUAUCAAGGCCCGUGGCAAGCUCGAUGCGAAGCAGCAGAGCUAG